AUGGACGAGUCUGACGUGUCGUGGGAGGAGUUCUUCGCCACGUCACCACCUCUCGCGGACGCUGACGUCAUCAAGGAACAGCUGUCGUCAUUCAUUGUACGCCACGUGGUCAUCCACAUCAUCAUUUACGCAUUGCGGCCAUCCACAUGGCCGUCUGCCACUCAUCUCGACUGCCCCUCGUCGAGACUGCCCAGCACUUCCCACUGCCUCUCUACCCGCCCCCAUCCGUCCCUGCCUCUCCCCCGCGCCCGGUUCCACACUGCUCCCUCGUCUGCAGCGGCCAGCUCCCCCCCCACCACACCACUCGCCAUCCCUUCCCCCACCUUACAGCAAGCACCGCAACAGCCUGGGCGCGCCUCCCUGGUGGCAUGUGUGACGUCAGGAGGCACCACAGUGCCUCUGGAGCGCCGCUGUGUGCGUUUCAUCCUCAACUUUAAACUCCCCUCCUCCCCUCCCCUUUCCGCUCGCCCUACAGCAAGCCUCACAGCAGCCUGGCGGUGCACCCCUGGUAACAUGUGUGACGUCAGGCGGCUCGGCGCCACGGUACCAUUGGAACGCUGCUGUGUGCGCUUCAUUGACAACUUCAGCGCCACCUCGUCCCCCUCCCCCUCUCCCCGUUCCUCUACAGCAAGCGUCGCAGCAGCUUGGUGGAGCCUCAAUGGUGGAGCCUCAAUGGUGGAGCCUCAAUGCGCCGCUCUGUGUGCUUCAUUGACAACUUCACACCCCCCCCCCCCCUUCCCCUCUCCUCUUCCCUUACCUCCCCUCCCCCUGCAGCAAGCCUCACAGCAGCCUGGCGGUGCACCGCUGGUGGCAUGUGUAACAUCAGGCGGCACAACAGUACCGUUGGAGCGGCGCUGUGUGCGCUUCAUUGACAACUUCAGCGCCGGCAAUCGCGGGGCCGCCUCCUGCGAGGGCUCCAUGCGUCCCUUCUGCCGCGGCCUCCCAGAGUCGCCUCUCCUCACGUGCCUGCGAGCCAAGCCCUCUGCUGUCACCCGCCAGGGUGAAGGCGACGGUAGUGCUGCCCACUGCAUGCCUGAGCACGAGAGCAGCGGGCGUGUGGAGGAGGGAGUGAGUCGAGAACAGGGAAGCAGUGGGGAGGGGAGUGCCAAUGCGGUACAGAGCGGUGGCAGUGGCUCGGGGCAAGUUUACCUUGAAGCCAUUCCGCCGUACACAGAUGCUGUGCAUAGAGCCGUGCUCAUGUUCAACCAGGCACAGGAGGGAGGGCGGCUGCUGCUGCUGCCGUUCAGCACACUCUUCCAGUACCUCCAGCUGCUUCGCCUGGUGGCAGAAGCCUUGAACCCCAUUGGUCCACGUGGCAUGGUCUACCUGGCAGCAGCAGUGUCCGACUUCUUUGUCCCCUGGCCAUCCAUGGUGGAGCAUAAGAUCCAGUCGGGUGCAGGCCCUCUAGACAUCCACCUGGCUCGAGUGCCCAAGAUGAUUCCCCUCCUGCGCUCCCUCUGGUGCCCUCAAGCCCUCCUCGUCUCCUUCAAGCUGGAGACGGACAGCAGCAUUCUGCUCAGCAAGGCGCGCUCUGCCCUGCACAAGAAUCACGUGCACGCCGUGGUGGCUAAUGAGCUGCUGACAGGUGGCAGCAAGGUGGUGCUGGUGACGGAAGAGGGGGAGGAGGUGAUAGAGCGGGGCGAGGGGGGCGCGGGGAGGGAAGGGGGUGGAGAGGGGAAGGGAGCACUGGGGGAUGUGGAGGAGCCACUGAGUGGGGCAUGGGGGUUGUGGUGUGGGAGUGGGGCAUGGGGGUUGUGGUGUGGGAGUGGGGCAUGGGGGUUGUGGUGUGGGAGUGGGGCAUGGGGGUUGUGGUGUGGGAGUGGGGCAUGGGGGUUGUGGUGUGGGAGUGGGGCAUGGGGGUUGUGGUGUGGGAGUGGGGCAUGGGGGUUGUGGUGUGGGAGUGGGGCAUGGGGGUUGUGGUGUGGGAGUGGGGCAUGGGGGUUGUGGUGUGGGAGUGGGGCAUGGGGGUUGUGGUGUGGGAGUGGGGCAUGGGGGUUGUGGUGUGGGAGUGGGGCAUGGGGGUUGUGGUGUGGGAGUGGGGCAUGGGGGUUGUGGUGUGGGAGUGGGGCAUGGGGGUUGUGGUGUGGGAGUGGGGCAUGGGGGUUGUGGUGUGGGAGUGGGGCAUGGGGGUUGUGGUGUGGGAGUGGGGCAUGGGGGUUGUGGUGUGGGAGUGGGGCAUGGGGGUUGUGGUGUGGGAGUGGGGCAUGGGGGUUGUGGUGUGGGAGUGGGGCAUGGGGGUUGUGGUGUGGGAGUGGGGCAUGGGGGUUGUGGUGUGGGAGUGGGGCAUGGGGGUUGUGGUGUGGGAGUGGGGCAUGGGGGUUGUGGUGUGGGAGUGGGGCAUGGGGGUUGUGGUGUGGGAGUGGGGCAUGGGGGUUGUGGUGUGGGAGUGGGGCAUGGGGGUUGUGGUGUGGGAGUGGGGCAUGGGGGUUGUGGUGUGGGAGUGGGGCAUGGGGGUUGUGGUGUGGGAGUGGGGCAUGGGGGUUGUGGUGUGGGAGUGGGGCAUGGGGUUGUGGUGUGGGAGUGGGGCAUGGGGGUUGUGGUGUGGGAGUGGGGCAUGGGGGUUGUGGUGUGGGAGUGGGGCAUGGGGGUUGUGGUGUGGGAGUGGGGCAUGGGGGUUGUGGUGUGGGAGUGGGGCAUGGGGGUUGUGGUGUGGGAGUGGGGCAUGGGGGUUGUGGUGUGGGAGUGGGGCAUGGGGGUUGUGGUGUGGGAGUGGGGCAUGGGGGUUGUGGUGUGGGAGUGGGGCAUGGGGGUUGUGGUGUGGGAGUGGGGCAUGGGGGUUGUGGUGUGGGAGUGGGGCAUGGGGGUUGUGGUGUGGGAGUGGGGCAUGGGGGUUGUGGUGUGGGAGUGGGGCAUGGGGGUUGUGGUGUGGGAGUGGGGCAUGGGGGUUGUGGUGUGGGAGUGGGGCAUGGGGGUUGUGGUGUGGGAGUGGGGCAUGGGGGUUGUGGUGUGGGAGUGGGGCAUGGGGGUUGUGGUGUGGGAGUGGGGCAUGGGGGUUGUGGUGUGGGAGUGGGGCAUGGGGGUUGUGGUGUGGGAGUGGGGCAUGGGGGUUGUGGUGUGGGAGUGGGGCAUGGGGGUUGUGGUGUGGGAGUGGGGCAUGGGGGUUGUGGUGUGGGAGUGGGGCAUGGGGGUUGUGGUGUGGGAGUGGGGCAUGGGGGUUGUGGUGUGGGAGUGGGGCAUGGGGGUUGUGGUGUGGGAGUGGGGCAUGGGGGUUGUGGUGUGGGAGUGGGGCAUGGGGGUUGUGGUGUGGGAGUGGGGCAUGGGGGUUGUGGUGUGGGAGUGGGGCAUGGGGGUUGUGGUGUGGGAGUGGGGCAUGGGGGUUGUGGUGUGGGAGUGGGGCAUGGGGGUUGUGGUGUGGGAGUGGGGCAUGGGGGUUGUGGUGUGGGAGUGGGGCAUGGGGGUUGUGGUGUGGGAGUGGGGCAUGGGGGUUGUGGUGUGGGAGUGGGGCAUGGGGGUUGUGGUGUGGGAGUGGGGCAUGGGGGUUGUGGUGUGGGAGUGGGGCAUGGGGGUUGUGGUGUGGGAGUGGGGCAUGGGGGUUGUGGUGUGGGAGUGGGGCAUGGGGGUUGUGGUGUGGGAGUGGGGCAUGGGGGUUGUGGUGUGGGAGUGGGGCAUGGGGGUUGUGGUGUGGGAGUGGGGCAUGGGGGUUGUGGUGUGGGAGUGGGGCAUGGGGGUUGUGGUGUGGGAGUGGGGCAUGGGGGUUGUGGUGUGGGAGUGGGGCAUGGGGGUUGUGGUGUGGGAGUGGGGCAUGGGGGUUGUGGUGUGGGAGUGGGGCAUGGGGGUUGUGGUGUGGGAGUGGGGCAUGGGGGUUGUGGUGUGGGAGUGGGGCAUGGGGGUUGUGGUGUGGGAGUGGGGCAUGGGGGUUGUGGUGUGGGAGUGGGGCAUGGGGGUUGUGGUGUGGGAGUGGGGCAUGGGGGUUGUGGUGUGGGAGUGGGGCAUGGGGGUUGUGGUGUGGGAGUGGGGCAUGGGGGUUGUGGUGUGGGAGUGGGGCAUGGGGGUUGUGGUGUGGGAGUGGGGCAUGGGGGUUGUGGUGUGGGAGUGGGGCAUGGGGGUUGUGGUGUGGGAGUGGGGCAUGGGGGUUGUGGUGUGGGAGUGGGGCAUGGGGGUUGUGGUGUGGGAGUGGGGCAUGGGGGUUGUGGUGUGGGAGUGGGGCAUGGGGGUUGUGGUGUGGGAGUGGGGCAUGGGGGUUGUGGUGUGGGAGUGGGGCAUGGGGGUUGUGGUGUGGGAGUGGGGCAUGGGGGUUGUGGUGUGGGAGUGGGGCAUGGGGGUUGUGGUGUGGGAGUGGGGCAUGGGGGUUGUGGUGUGGGAGUGGGGCAUGGGGGUUGUGGUGUGGGAGUGGGGCAUGGGGGUUGUGGUGUGGGAGUGGGGCAUGGGGGUUGUGGUGUGGGAGUGGGGCAUGGGGGUUGUGGUGUGGGAGUGGGGCAUGGGGGUUGUGGUGUGGGAGUGGGGCAUGGGGGUUGUGGUGUGGGAGUGGGGCAUGGGGGUUGUGGUGUGGGAGUGGGGCAUGGGGGUUGUGGUGUGGGAGUGGGGCAUGGGGGUUGUGGUGUGGGAGUGGGGCAUGGGGGUUGUGGUGUGGGAGUGGGGCAUGGGGGUUGUGGUGUGGGAGUGGGGCAUGGGGGUUGUGGUGUGGGAGUGGGGCAUGGGGGUUGUGGUGUGGGAGUGGGGCAUGGGGGUUGUGGUGUGGGAGUGGGGCAUGGGGGUUGUGGUGUGGGAGUGGGGCAUGGGGGUUGUGGUGUGGGAGUGGGGCAUGGGGGUUGUGGUGUGGGAGUGGGGCAUGGGGGUUGUGGUGUGGGAGUGGGGCAUGGGGGUUGUGGUGUGGGAGUGGGGCAUGGGGGUUGUGGUGUGGGAGUGGGGCAUGGGGGUUGUGGUGUGGGAGUGGGGCAUGGGGGUUGUGGUGUGGGAGUGGGGCAUGGGGGUUGUGGUGUGGGAGUGGGGCAUGGGGGUUGUGGUGUGGGAGUGGGGCAUGGGGGUUGUGGUGUGGGAGUGGGGCAUGGGGGUUGUGGUGUGGGAGUGGGGCAUGGGGGUUGUGGUGUGGGAGUGGGGCAUGGGGGUUGUGGUGUGGGAGUGGGGCAUGGGGGUUGUGGUGUGGGAGUGGGGCAUGGGGGUUGUGGUGUGGGAGUGGGGCAUGGGGGUUGUGGUGUGGGAGUGGGGCAUGGGGGUUGUGGUGUGGGAGUGGGGCAUGGGGGUUGUGGUGUGGGAGUGGGGCAUGGGGGUUGUGGUGUGGGAGUGGGGCAUGGGGGUUGUGGUGUGGGAGUGGGGCAUGGGGGUUGUGGUGUGGGAGUGGGGCAUGGGGGUUGUGGUGUGGGAGUGGGGCAUGGGGGUUGUGGUGUGGGAGUGGGGCAUGGGGGUUGUGGUGUGGGAGUGGGGCAUGGGGGUUGUGGUGUGGGAGUGGGGCAUGGGGGUUGUGGUGUGGGAGUGGGGCAUGGGGGUUGUGGUGUGGGAGUGGGGCAUGGGGGUUGUGGUGUGGGAGUGGGGCAUGGGGGUUGUGGUGUGGGAGUGGGGCAUGGGGGUUGUGGUGUGGGAGUGGGGCAUGGGGGUUGUGGUGUGGGAGUGGGGCAUGGGGGUUGUGGUGUGGGAGUGGGGCAUGGGGGUUGUGGUGUGGGAGUGGGGCAUGGGGGUUGUGGUGUGGGAGUGGGGCAUGGGGGUUGUGGUGUGGGAGUGGGGCAUGGGGGUUGUGGUGUGGGAGUGGGGCAUGGGGGUUGUGGUGUGGGAGUGGGGCAUGGGGGUUGUGGUGUGGGAGUGGGGCAUGGGGGUUGUGGUGUGGGAGUGGGGCAUGGGGGUUGUGGUGUGGGAGUGGGGCAUGGGGGUUGUGGUGUGGGAGUGGGGCAUGGGGGUUGUGGUGUGGGAGUGGGGCAUGGGGGUUGUGGUGUGGGAGUGGGGCAUGGGGGUUGUGGUGUGGGAGUGGGGCAUGGGGGUUGUGGUGUGGGAGUGGGGCAUGGGGGUUGUGGUGUGGGAGUGGGGCAUGGGGGUUGUGGUGUGGGAGUGGGGCAUGGGGGUUGUGGUGUGGGAGUGGGGCAUGGGGGUUGUGGUGUGGGAGUGGGGCAUGGGGGUUGUGGUGUGGGAGUGGGGCAUGGGGGUUGUGGUGUGGGAGUGGGGCAUGGGGGUUGUGGUGUGGGAGUGGGGCAUGGGGGUUGUGGUGUGGGAGUGGGGCAUGGGGGUUGUGGUGUGGGAGUGGGGCAUGGGGGUUGUGGUGUGGGAGUGGGGCAUGGGGGUUGUGGUGUGGGAGUGGGGCAUGGGGGUUGUGGUGUGGGAGUGGGGCAUGGGGGUUGUGGUGUGGGAGUGGGGCAUGGGGGUUGUGGUGUGGGAGUGGGGCAUGGGGGUUGUGGUGUGGGAGUGGGGCAUGGGGGUUGUGGUGUGGGAGUGGGGCAUGGGGGUUGUGGUGUGGGAGUGGGGCAUGGGGGUUGUGGUGUGGGAGUGGGGCAUGGGGGUUGUGGUGUGGGAGUGGGGCAUGGGGGUUGUGGUGUGGGAGUGGGGCAUGGGGGUUGUGGUGUGGGAGUGGGGCAUGGGGGUUGUGGUGUGGGAGUGGGGCAUGGGGGUUGUGGUGUGGGAGUGGGGCAUGGGGGUUGUGGUGUGGGAGUGGGGCAUGGGGGUUGUGGUGUGGGAGUGGGGCAUGGGGGUUGUGGUGUGGGAGUGGGGCAUGGGGGUUGUGGUGUGGGAGUGGGGCAUGGGGGUUGUGGUGUGGGAGUGGGGCAUGGGGGUUGUGGUGUGGGAGUGGGGCAUGGGGGUUGUGGUGUGGGAGUGGGGCAUGGGGGUUGUGGUGUGGGAGUGGGGCAUGGGGGUUGUGGUGUGGGAGUGGGGCAUGGGGGUUGUGGUGUGGGAGUGGGGCAUGGGGGUUGUGGUGUGGGAGUGGGGCAUGGGGGUUGUGGUGUGGGAGUGGGGCAUGGGGGUUGUGGUGUGGGAGUGGGGCAUGGGGGUUGUGGUGUGGGAGUGGGGCAUGGGGGUUGUGGUGUGGGAGUGGGGCAUGGGGGUUGUGGUGUGGGAGUGGGGCAUGGGGGUUGUGGUGUGGGAGUGGGGCAUGGGGGUUGUGGUGUGGGAGUGGGGCAUGGGGGUUGUGGUGUGGGAGUGGGGCAUGGGGGUUGUGGUGUGGGAGUGGGGCAUGGGGGUUGUGGUGUGGGAGUGGGGCAUGGGGGUUGUGGUGUGGGAGUGGGGCAUGGGGGUUGUGGUGUGGGAGUGGGGCAUGGGGGUUGUGGUGUGGGAGUGGGGCAUGGGGGUUGUGGUGUGGGAGUGGGGCAUGGGGGUUGUGGUGUGGGAGUGGGGCAUGGGGGUUGUGGUGUGGGAGUGGGGCAUGGGGGUUGUGGUGUGGGAGUGGGGCAUGGGGGUUGUGGUGUGGGAGUGGGGCAUGGGGGUUGUGGUGUGGGAGUGGGGCAUGGGGGUUGUGGUGUGGGAGUGGGGCAUGGGGGUUGUGGUGUGGGAGUGGGGCAUGGGGGUUGUGGUGUGGGAGUGGGGCAUGGGGGUUGUGGUGUGGGAGUGGGGCAUGGGGGUUGUGGUGUGGGAGUGGGGCAUGGGGGUUGUGGUGUGGGAGUGGGGCAUGGGGGUUGUGGUGUGGGAGUGGGGCAUGGGGGUUGUGUGGGGCAUGGGGGUUGUGGUGUGGGAGUGGGGCAUGGGGGUUGUGGUGUGGGAGUGGGGCAUGGGGGUUGUGGUGUGGGAGUGGGGCAUGGGGGUUGUGGUGUGGGAGUGGGGCAUGGGGGUUGUGGUGUGGGAGUGGGGCAUGGGGGUUGUGGUGUGGGAGUGGGGCAUGGGGGUUGUGGUGUGGGAGUGGGGCAUGGGGGUUGUGGUGUGGGAGUGGGGCAUGGGGGUUGUGGUGUGGGAGUGGGGCAUGGGGGUUGUGGUGUGGGAGUGGGGCAUGGGGGUUGUGGUGUGGGAGUGGGGCAUGGGGGUUGUGGUGUGGGAGUGGGGCAUGGGGGUUGUGGUGUGGGAGUGGGGCAUGGGGGUUGUGGUGUGGGAGUGGGGCAUGGGGGUUGUGGUGUGGGAGUGGGGCAUGGGGGUUGUGGUGUGGGAGUGGGGCAUGGGGGUUGUGGUGUGGGAGUGGGGCAUGGGGGUUGUGGUGUGGGAGUGGGGCAUGGGGGUUGUGGUGUGGGAGUGGGGCAUGGGGGUUGUGGUGUGGGAGUGGGGCAUGGGGGUUGUGGUGUGGGAGUGGGGCAUGGGGGUUGUGGUGUGGGAGUGGGGCAUGGGGGUUGUGGUGUGGGAGUGGGGCAUGGGGGUUGUGGUGUGGGAGUGGGGCAUGGGGGUUGUGGUGUGGGAGUGGGGCAUGGGGGUUGUGGUGUGGGAGUGGGGCAUGGGGGUUGUGGUGUGGGAGUGGGGCAUGGGGGUUGUGGUGUGGGAGUGGGGCAUGGGGGUUGUGGUGUGGGAGUGGGGCAUGGGGGUUGUGGUGUGGGAGUGGGGCAUGGGGGUUGUGGUGUGGGAGUGGGGCAUGGGGGUUGUGGUGUGGGAGUGGGGCAUGGGGGUUGUGGUGUGGGAGUGGGGCAUGGGGUUGUGGUGUGGGAGUGGGGCAUGGGGGUUGUGGUGUGGGAGUGGGGCAUGGGGGUUGUGGUGUGGGAGUGGGGCAUGGGGGUUGUGGUGUGGGAGUGGGGCAUGGGGGUUGUGGUGUGGGAGUGGGGCAUGGGGGGUUGUGGUGUGGGAGUGGGGCAUGGGGGUUGUGGUGUGGGAGUGGGGCAUGGGGGUUGUGGUGUGGGAGUGGGGCAUGGGGGUUGUGGUGUGGGAGUGGGGCAUGGGGGUUGUGGUGUGGGAGUGGGGCAUGGGGGUUGUGGUGUGGGAGUGGGGCAUGGGGGUUGUGGUGUGGGAGUGGGGCAUGGGGGUUGUGGUGUGGGAGUGGGGCAUGGGGGUUGUGGUGUGGGAGUGGGGCAUGGGGGUUGUGGUGUGGGAGUGGGGCAUGGGGGUUGUGGUGUGGGAGUGGGGCAUGGGGGUUGUGGUGUGGGAGUGGGGCAUGGGGGUUGUGGUGUGGGAGUGGGGCAUGGGGGUUGUGGUGUGGGAGUGGGGCAUGGGGGUUGUGGUGUGGGAGUGGGGCAUGGGGGUUGUGGUGUGGGAGUGGGGCAUGGGGGUUGUGGUGUGGGAGUGGGGCAUGGGGGUUGUGGUGUGGGAGUGGGGCAUGGGGGUUGUGGUGUGGGAGUGGGGCAUGGGGGUUGUGGUGUGGGAGUGGGGCAUGGGGGUUGUGGUGUGGGAGUGGGGCAUGGGGGUUGUGGUGUGGGAGUGGGGCAUGGGGGUUGUGGUGUGGGAGUGGGGCAUGGGGGUUGUGGUGUGGGAGUGGGGCAUGGGGGUUGUGGUGUGGGAGUGGGGCAUGGGGGUUGUGGUGUGGGAGUGGGGCAUGGGGGUUGUGGUGUGGGAGUGGGGCAUGGGGGUUGUGGUGUGGGAGUGGGGCAUGGGGGUUGUGGUGUGGGAGUGGGGCAUGGGGGUUGUGGUGUGGGAGUGGGGCAUGGGGUUGUGGUGUGGUGGGGCAUGGGGGUUGUGGUGUGGGAGUGGGGCAUGGGGGUUGUGGUGUGGGAGUGGGGCGGGCAUGACGCAUGGGCAGUGGGGGAUGUGGAGGAGCCACUGGUGAGGCUGCUAGCCGCCAUGCACCACACGCACUGCCAGGGCGGCUGA